UCUGGAGCAAAACCGACAUUUCAAAUUUCUCUCUCAAAAUUUGUACUUUUUUUGCUCUAAUUCGGGAGUGUGGCAAGAUGACAUUGUUCCAGACUAGUUGAGAAUAUUAUUGCUGUUUUCCUCCAUGUAGAUAUUGGGAGAAAUUGACGCGUGUGUCAGUGGAAUUUGCUUAGGUAAAGAUGAUAUGACUUAGGAAGCUGCACCAUGCAAAGCAUAAGAAGGAAAUCCUCACAGUGGAGCCAUCAUGCCACCCUCGUGCAGUGAGCUGUGGGGCUGCCCGCAGAUGUCCCCAUGCAUCAUCCUCGACUGCCUCCUGCCAAACAGCAUCAUUGUGCCUCUCACCUGCCAUAAGGAGAUCACCCUUAGCAAACUCAAGGUCGAGGUAUGGCAGGAGGCCAAAAAGUACCCCCUGUACCGGGUGCUGGGCCAGCCCGAAGAGUAUGUACUAGUUGGCGUGACACAGGAUGCAGAGCAGGAGGAGUUUUGGGAUGAGACCAAACGGCUGUGCGACCUGCGCCUCUUCUCUCCGAUCCUCAAGGUGGUGGAGCCACGAGGGAGCAAGGAGGAGAAGGUCCUCAACUAUGAGAUUAGCUUGGCCAUUGGGCGUUCUGUUCAUGAUCUUGAUGAUGCUAAACAGCUGCAGUUGCAGGAGUUUAGGAGGAAUAUCAUAGAGGUGGUGAGUGAAGCGGUGAAGGUGAGGCAGCAGUGUGGCCUUGAGUCAUUAGCAUGUUACCAACACCCACCUGAGCUGGAACCCACACCACACCUACCUAGGUCCAUUGAGAAACACUUAGAUGAAGGCUACCUGACAGUGACAGUCUGGAGAGGGACCUCAGAGUCUACAAGUGUGCGCAUCACAUGGGACACCUACCCUGACGGUAUCAUAGCUGAGGCACUCACACGUCUGGCCCCGGCACCAGACAUGCUCGGAUCCCUCACCACGUCACAGCAGUCCUCUAGACAUGCACUCAAGAUUUGCGGCACAAAUGAAUACCUCCUGGCUAGUCGUCCCAUCACCCAGUACAAGACUGUCCGUGUGUGGCUGUCCAGAGGCAAGACCCCACAGUUGUCCAUGGUUUCCCGUGGAGAGCUGUAUGCUUCACUCACCAAGUUCGACUUUGUCCUGCCUACUUACGUGAGGACACCUGGAAACAUGCCCAACACUGCACCUGCAUCACCCUUGUCCCUCUGGCACCCCAGUAUGGACGGGAGGCUCAAGGUGCACAUCCUGUGGGCAUCAUAUGUCAAUGUCAAGGAGGCACACAAGAUAUAUGUGCGAUCAGGCAUUUUCCACGGGGAUGAGCAGCUGUGCACAGUGCGGGAGACGCAGCAUGUGCCUGGCAGCAGCCCCAACUGGGAGGAGUGGCUGCAGUUUGAGCUUCCUAUCCAGGAGAUCCCAAGAGGAGCACGUCUCUGUCUCUCCAUCUGCUCCAAACGGAAGCAGACUGACAAGAAAAAGAAGAAGGAGAAAAUGGAACACUGUAUGCUGGCCUGGGGUAACAUCAAUCUCUUCGACUUCCGCAGUCAACUGGUCCACAACCGGGUGUCAAUUGCAAUGCUACCACCACCUAGAGGUUUUGAGGCACUUUUGAACCCACUUGGUGCAACAGGUCAGACUUUGGCCAAUGACACAACGUGCCUUGAGGUGGAGUUUGAGAGGCGCUUUAACCAGCAAGUAACCUUUCCUGACACACAGCAGAUGGAGGACUAUGCUCGCUAUAUUAUUAAGCUAGAACGAAAACCAAAGGACCAGGGCCAGGAGGACAGCCAGGAAGACUUAGAGAAAAUCAAGGAAAUUGCUGCACGUGAUUCUCUGAGUGAACUGAGUGAGCAAGACAAGGAGCUCCUCUGGUCCAGAAGGAGACUGUGCCUCUCAGUGCCCGACUCACUGCCUAGGCUGCUAGAUGCUGUCAGAUGGUCUUCUCGCGACCAUGUCAGCCAGCUUUACUUACUGAUGAAAGAGUGGCCACUGGUAUCUCCUGAAGUGGCCCUUGAAUUGCUACAGUGUAAAUAUGUUGACCCAACUGUCCGCAAGCAUGCAGUUAAAUCCCUCGACAAGGGCCUUCCGGAUGAGAGGCUCUCCCAGUAUUUGUUGCAACUAGUCCAGAUUCUGAAGAACGAAUCCUACUUGGAUUCAUCCCUUCUCCGAUAUUUACUAAGGAAAGCACUGACAAACUCCAAAAUUGGGCAGAUUUUCUUCUGGCAGCUGAAAUCUGACAUCAACUUCUGGCCCUGCUCCCUUCAUGCCCUGGCAGUCUUGGAGGCUUACUGCCGUGGUCUGGGUCCUAGUCUGAAGGCGGUCACACGACAAGUGGAGGUGGUCGACAAACUGACUCGGCUUGGCGAGGCUAUCAAGGACAGGUCUGACACCAAUAGGGAGAAGACCCGGUUCCUGAGGGAGCAGCUAGCAGAACCUGACUACUCCUCUACCCUCCAACACCUUACCUCCCCCCUCCACCCCAGCCACUCCCUAGGGCGCCUGAGAAUCUCAGAAUGCAAGGUCCUAGACUCAGCCCGUCGCCCUUUUUGCCUGGUGUGGGACAAUCCUGAUCCAAUGGCCCCUCACUACUGGCUGUCCCAUGCCAUCAUCUUCAAGAGUGGGGAUGAUUUGAGGCAGGACAUGCUCACCCUACAGGCCAUUGGUAUCAUGUCACAUCUGUGGAACAUGGAGGGGCUUGACCUAGGCAUGACCCCUUACUCCUGCCUGAGCACAGGCAAACAGGUGGGCCUCAUUGAGAUGGUGCGUAAUGCCAAGACAGUCUACAGCAUUCAGCGAAGUUCUAAGCUGGGGGCCAUUCAGGUGGACUCUUCACAGCUCUUCAAGUGGAUCCGAGACAAGAACAAGGGACUCAGGCUUGACCAAGCCAUUGACAACUUCACACGUUCCUGUGCUGGGUACUGUGUGGCCACAUUUGUCUUAGGCAUUGGGGACAGACAUCCAGACAACAUCAUGGUCAAUCAGGAUGGCCAGAUUUUCCACAUUGACUUUGGCCACAUCUUGGGGAACUUCAAGAAGAAGUUUGGCAUCAACCGGGAACGAGUGCCAUUCGUCCUGACGCAAGACUUCCUGCGCGUGAUUGCUAAGGGGGAAGAGAAUCCGAAGGAGAGUCAGGAGUUCCAGAGAUUCCAGGUGCUGUGCGGAAAGGCAUAUCUGGCAUUGCGUAAACACUAUCGCCUCAUUGUAAACCUCUUCAUGUUGCUGCUGCCUGCGGGAAUGUCGGAGCUGCAAAGCCAGGAUGAGGUCGCCUACCUGCGUAAGACGCUGGCUGUGGAGGCCACAGAGGAGGAAGCCCUCCAGUACUUCCAGAACCAGUUCAGUGAGGCCUAUGAUGGUGCCUGGACCACCAAAAUAGACUGGUUCUUCCAUUAUGUCAAGCACAGGUAGACCAGUCUGCACACCCACUCUCCUCACAUCUUUUUCCUUCCCCCACCCAACUUCCCCAACCCUCUUUACUGGCCUUGUGAUGAGGAAGUUUGCUUCACAGAUAACUUUGACAGGCAAGAAUGUUUUUUUUUUUUUUUUGUCAUUUUGCUUCCUGUGUUUGAAGUUGCAAUGAGAAGAAUGUCAGCAGCCCCACUUUGACGACGUCUCACUGUGGACCUUAGAGCUUACCAAAUAUGUAGUAAUUAGAGUUUUAUUUUUUAUCUUGAUUCAGGGUGUAAAUUUUUUUUUUUUUUUCUCUCUCUCUUUCACAUGUACAUAUAUAUUUUUUUAUGAACUGGGUAGGUUUACCCAUAUUGCAUUUGGUCCUUUUUAUUUUAUGUUCUAAUUCUUUCUCCUCUCAUAAUUUAAGUAUCAAGAGUCAUUUCAAGUAAGACAUGACUAUAAAAAAGAAAAAUUAUCAGCAUGUAAUAUGUAAACAAAUCUAGUGCUCUUCUUGCACUUGUCACUAUGACUGUUUUAUUUAAGAAAUCUCUGACAGCGAUCUAGCCAUCUCUUUUGACUGCAGCCUAAGUGAACCUAAUAUCCAUUUUGUUAAAAAAAAAUAGUUGAUAUUAAAAGUUUCUGGUUGACCCAGUGAAGAAAAGAGACGAGAGAGAGCUUAGAUCUACACACUGCUAAUGAAGGCAGGUCAGAUGGCUGUAGAUUUCAGGUUGCAAACUUAAAGUGAUGCUUGUUUCUUUUAUUACCAUUUCUAUUUUAUAUAUAUAGAAGGGUCCUGUUUUAUUAUGAGGAAAAAAUAAUUCUUACAUAACUUGCGAAUUUCAUUUAAAAGGGUCUAUGAAAAGGUCAUAGGCCUUAUUCAUAUGUAGGGAAUCAUAUAGAUAACAUUCCACAAUUUUUUCCCUAUUGUAGAUGUGUUAGUAUAUGUCUUUUUGUUUGUUCAUUUCUUUGUUAGUAAAGAAAAAAAGCAAAAGUGGUUAGAAACUUCUUAUAGGGAUGAUUGUUCAGAUUCAAGAGUGACUUUUGUCUUGUACAUUGGGAAUGACUGCAUUUUCACUUCACAAUUUGAGCUGUUUUUCUUGAAGAAAGCAGGUUGACUCACUGAUCCAUCCUUCUUCCUGCUCUUUCUAUUCUUUCAUAUUCUGUCUGUCUCUCAUUCUCGCCCUCGCUCACUCUCUUAUUCCAGGUGCAGGUUAGCUCUCCUACCUCCUACUUUCCUCACUCGUGCUUACCUCCCCUUUUCCCCGCCAUUCUUACCCUGCCCUCUUUCCCGCUUCAUACUCUCUCCUGUAGCAUAUAGCAAGCGGUGCUGUAAUGUGUACUCAGUGGUGUGAUUGGUUCUAUUCUGCUUUACUUCUUGCCAUCUUGUCCUCUUUGGCUUUUGUUGAAAAAAAAUGGAGGAUGAUAAUGAUUUAAUAAAAAAAUGAUGCUUAAGAUUGUGAUGAUUAGAAAGAUAAUUCUUUAGGGAUCUUAUUUGCAUUGUGUGAAGAAAGAUGAAGUGAAUUGUGGCCUUAAAUCAGGAUGCCCAAAUUUUCUUGUUAUUCUCAUUUGUGUUGAUUUGAUCUGUUUCAUCUGAAUAUGCAUUGUAGAUUUUAAGACAACAAAAAAGCAAGCAUUUGAAAAAAAGGAAUGCAAAUUGUGGCCUUACUAAAUUAGUUUUAUAUUCAUUAUGCUGAAGUUAUAAGAUUAACAUUAACCAUUAUUUGUUUUAUGAUGAAUUCAUGCAAUUUUUUAGGCUAAAUGUGUGUUUACUUUUACAAAUUUGCCAAUUUUACCAAAAAUUAGUAGUAUAUGGAGCUAAAAAAAGAAAGUUAGGUACAAUUAGAAUCUCCAUAUUUCAGUGAUAGAAAAGGUGACUUGAUAGAAUGUAAAGAAGGAGAUUGUGAUUUCAUUCAGGUAAAUUAAGACUUAAAUCUUAGGCAGUUCAAAAGUAUAACCUUGCAUGAUUUUUAUCAUUGCUCUUAUCUUAUUUUUUUAGACAUUUCUUUUAUUCUCAUUUUUCUUCCUUCCCUUUCCUUAUUCCUUGACUGGUGGGUGCAUCCCUUAUUUUUGUGAUCAUUAUUUUCCUUUGUUGAAAUAUGAUUAACUAGAAAGGUUGUGAUUAUUAUUAUUUUUUUUAAAUUACUUCAUUCACAUUUCUUAAGAACAGGAUUACAGGUGUCUUCAUUGGUUUUAAGAAGUUUGCUCUAAAGACCUGACGUGUACAAACAUUUAUUCUCAUACUUCUUAAGAAAUCCUAACUGUUUUACUGUGUACAUUUUUGUGUUGCUUUAUUUCAUCAUUACUGUCAUUUUCUUUUUGUUUAUUUUAAGAGAAAUUUUAAUAAGUUGUACUUUUUCUGCCACGGGUUUGUGUACAAAUAUCCUUAUAAACAAACUUGAUAAAUUGCAGAAUUAAAAAAAAAUUGUGAAGUUGUCUGUACAACUUCAGAACCAUGUUCAUGUAAGUAAAAAAAACAAAACACAAAAAACAAAACAAAACAAAAGACAUAAUGAUGAUUUCUUAGUUCUUUGCUGAUUUGGAAAAGUUCAUUAGAACAGUUAGCCUUGAUGAAUCAACAAAGGUUGUGUGGACAGCAGGAAUGAUAUGGAUGCUCUGUAUGCUAAAGUUAAUACCCUUAACAAUUGGGAGGCCUGUUGUACUUAGUAUUACAUUCAUGAAAAUGAAUAUUUGUUUAUACAUCAAUAUCUUUUAGACAUUUUUUUUUUGUGUGUAAUUUUGUAAUAUUUAGAAUAAUGUUUCUUGAGGUGUGACCUCUGACAACUUUUAGAACCUGCUUUUGCUCCCUUUUCCAUUAAAUAACUUUUUAGAAUUUUCUCUCUCUUAUUUCUUUUCCUCUCUUAGUUUAUCUUUCCCCUUUUGUCCACUCCCUUCCCUCUCCCCAAACAACUAUGGUACUAUUCCAUUAAGAAAAAAAAAGGUAAGAAUGUAUCCUGUCUUUGCAAAAAUACUUUUCUUUUCUUUUGUAUUAAAUACACAGUACUUACUCUGUAAUAAAUCAUAUGCUACACGAUAGUAUUGCAAAGGUGAUUUGGUAAAAUAGUGAUCAUGAUAGGCAAGAAAAGACAUUUAAACAUUUCAUAUAUCAGAUGAUGACUACUUUGGAAAAAAAUUAAACAGAAAAAAAUAUUGUAGCAUGUAAGAAAUAAUAAUGAGGAUUAUGAUAAUUAUAAUCUUAACUGUAAUAAGGAUGAUAAUGCAGUUUACCUCAGCUUUCAAGGGUGUUAAUGACAACCCACACACAGCUGCAUGUUUUUUUAUUUCUGCUUAGAAAAGGAAAUGUAAGCUUUUAGAACAGCUCCAGUAGAUAGGGCAUAUGUGAGCAUUAGUGCAUUUUUUCUUUUGAUGUGUGGUUCAUCCUAGCUUAGAGGAUAUUUGGUCAUAUUAGUGGUUAGUUUUGUUUGUUAGUGAUAGGCCACCUUACUUAGGUUUUACUUCAAUCACUCUGGCAAGGCAAGUGUUGAAAAGUGUGUUACUUAAAUAGGCACUGUAGUCUUAGUCUGGGCUAGUGUGUGACAUUACUUUUUCUUUUCUCUAGGGCAUCAUUGCUUUUAAAUAUGAAGAAGGAAUGUUGAAAUAUAAGUUAGCUUACUAGGUUUGAGAGCAGUGUUGAAAUACAUAUAUUUUAUUAUAUGUUAUGAAUGUCGACUGGUGAUAUUUUGAGGAAUGGAAUAGGAGUUAUGAUUAAUGAAUAUCUGAGUGGGGCAAGGGAGAAAAUGACUUUUAAAAGAUAAUAGUAAAAAUGCAUUGAUGGUUAACUCAGAUAGUUUUGGCAUGGGAUAUAUAAAAGUCAUGAUGAAAUAGCUAACCGAGUUCAGAACCUUUAUCGUAAUAUGAUUCAGGAUUUUCAGGUUGGACAAGGCAGGGUAUUUUGAAACUGUAGUGGAUGUUUUAGUGCAUUUUAAUACUUUUGUAACUUUUCCACUGUUAAACAUUGAUGACUUUACAAUUAAAUGCACUGACAUUUUGUGUCUAGCUGUCUUUCCAUCUAUGUUUUUUGCUCUUUUCAUUCUUUUUCUUUUCCUUUUUUUCUUCCUUUUACUCCUCUUCUAUUCUUGUCUUCCUCUUCCUUCUCUCAUGCAAUUUGGAAGUAUCAUAAGACUAGUCAUUCAAGCACACUAACAUCCGACCUUAUACUCUUUGUCUUUUUUUUUCCAAUACAUAACCUAAAGAAAGCUAGACAUUUAUAGCUUGACUUUGAAUUAUGCAAAAAGGUCAAAUAAGGUCAAAUGUUUAUAGAUAUUCACAGAUCUAGGUGUAUGUAAUGAUCUGUUUUUAUUAAUUUUUAUUAUCAUUUAAUUGUUAUUUUUUGAGGUCACUUAUUGGUAUUAUUAUGUGAUGAAUCAUUUGUACAAAAAUGGAGUUUGUGUGUCAUACAAUUUUCUUUAAUGUUUUAAUGUUUUGUGCAGUUGAAUCACCUCCAUCUGUCCAUUAUAUACAAAAAGAGUCUAGUCUAUACUUUUUCGCAUUGACUUUUAUUCAAUAAAUCA